UAGCUUUUUCCAUAAUAAUAAAUCAUCAAUUUUUAAAGGCUUGAGACCUAAGUCUAAUUUAGUUGAAGCUAAAAUAUCAAAGAUAUUCUUCCGAUAAGAACAACAAAAUUUAAAAAAAAGUGAGAAAUGUGGCCAGUACUAUUAAGGGCUAUGAGAGUGUAUGCUCCUUAUAUAACAUUACCCUUUGCUGCUGUUGUUGGUUAUAUAGGUUACCAUGUGGAGAACAAAGUUAGUGAUAAAUAUACACCCUAUAGUGCUCCCAUAAAAGACUCGAGGAAUGAAAGGUUACUCUCUGAAGAUUCCUUGCAAUCAGCAACUGAAGUAGAAAAGUUGAAAUAUAGUGCAAAUGUUUUAGGAAGAAAUAUCUCUCCUAGUCUGAAGGAAUAAUACAGUCAAUUUUAGAUCAAUUUUAAAAUUAUUAUUGUAUUGUGUGAAAUUGUAGAAUUUUUA